AUGAACCGCUCCAUUCAGGAGGACGUCUUCCAUUCUUUCCAGCUUCCCUAUUUGCAAGCAUCAGAUUCCAAUGGGUCGGCUUGUACUGGAGACCUCAACAGUGCCACAUGGCUGGCGGCCAAUUUCGGAAGAUUCAGCCGCUUUGCGAAAUAUCAAGACUUCCUUUCCCUGAACUCCAGAUUCAAUGUGUGGGAUGUCCUUGGGAACCUCACCGUGAAGCAACUUGCACAACUGUCGGCCUCCGCAGGCACCUUGAGGACUCGGAGAGAUGCGGAAACCGUGAUGAGCCUCAUAGAAACCUCCACAUUGACAGAGUUCAUGGAUGAAUUCAACAGACAGAGCAACCUGAGCCUGGCCAACGAGAUCCAAGCCAGCCUCCUGAGCCGGGUUCUGACUUUAGCACAGCCGAUAUUCCAGGAAGCAGAUGAUGCUGAAUUCCUCAUCUGGGUGGAGCAACGCCUCCCGGGUUUGAUGCCAGGACUGAACGCUUCGGACGUCCGGCUCUUGUUUGACCAUUUGGAGGACAGAAACUGUCCCGUUGUUAAUGCCAUGGUCACUUUGCUUAACGCUUCCAUUGAGGAUAUCAGCAAUGUCACCAGGCAAAGCAUUUACAAAGCGAUCUUGACUUUCAACUCAAACUCUUCACUCAGAUGCUAUGCUGCAAAUGCCAGCUUUUCCAUCUUCUUAGAAGAGAUGUUUCAGGGGUUUGCAAACUUUCUGACUUUGAGAGACCUGGGCACUUUAAUCCCUGCAUCUGACCUGCAGAAGAUUGUGAACACAAUCCCUCCGGAUGUGGCAUCCAACUUAUUUGCUCAAAAUGGAUUCCUGAAUGAUGACCCGUUAUUGACCGUUUGGUUACAACACUAUGAAAGGAGCGGCUUGUUUAUCGACCACUUUAACAAGAAAAAUGUUACGGACCUGCUUUCAGAUGGCACCAAGGCGGCCCUCUUGGUGGGCGUUUGGCCCUCUCUGGUGUCCAAUGACAAUGAGACUGAAGUGGAACGGUGGCUCGAGGGCCGACUGGACAGUUAUUUCAUGUUCCUCAGUGGAGAUGUGCUCAACGCGAGCGAAACCCUGAAUGCCAGCUGCGAGACCUAUAAUAAAAUCGUGAACAAACUGAACGAAAACAUUGCCCUAUUUGAAGGCUGGGAGGAGGAGAUCUACUUCUCCAUCAAGGCUUACCUGACAGCCACAGAUGACAAACCUCGCUGCUACAACAUCAGCGACCGAGGGAUGUCCAACUGGCUGGUCAUGUAUUUUAGAAGUUACAUCCGCUUUAGCAGUGCAAGGGACAUGCGGCUGCUCACGAACCACAGCACAAGCAUCUUCCAAGGUCUUGCAUUUAACCGAGACAACCUGGAGCUCAUCUAUCGCUAUCCAAUUCGCGACGAUUUGGCGGAGAUGUAUGCCGAUGCAAUUCUGACAGUUGCGUCGGAUUUCAAUCUCAACAGCCUUCCAAACCAGCUCCUCUGCUUUGCGCGGCGGUCCACCAUGAUCUCCAGUCUCAGCCCCGAGGAGGCCUUGGACCUCAUCGCUCGGGUCAAUCUCCAUUGCAACUCUUCCCAACCAUCUUCCGCUGACCGUCAGCUUGCUACGAUGCUUGUGACCCAGAUCAAGGCCUUUGACAGCCAGACCCUGGUGGCUUUGGGGCAGCAGGCUGUGGGACUGACCACCGGCCAGAUCUCCAACCUCACCGCAGACAUCCUAAAGGACCCCAAGGUCUUGGCAUCUCUGGGACAGGUCAAGGGUUGGAACAGGGGCCAGUCCCAGGCGCUGGUCAGCAGGAUCCUCCGCAAUGGCUUCACACUGGAUACAGCAGAGAAGUUCCAGAGCCUGGGCACCUUGGCACAGGGUUUGCCCAGCACAAGCUUUGACCGCAUUUCAGCUGGAUCGGCCAUUGAGCUGGCCAAAGACGCCCACUUUGUGAGCACGCUCAGACGAGGCCCGGAGCACCUGGAGAAAGCCUUUGUGAGCAAGGUAAAAUACCUGGGUUUAGGAGGAGCACCUAGGGCAAAUCUCAAGACUGUGGUGAAAUUCCUUCCUCUACUAUAUUGCCGAUAA